AAUGGUAAUUGGAAUUGAAGUGUUGAUCUACUGAUAAGGUGGUGAUUGCUGUCAAAUGUCAAAAUGACUAAACAGACAACAUAAACAAACUCCAUCAUCCUAUUUCAACUAAACAUGGCUCAAUAUCGAUCUCAUAAACGAAAAAUUCCAAAAGAACGUCGAGUUGGAGGCUGGCGAUCUGCCCUUAACAAUCCCGGAACAAGCAAAGAAGGUCGUGCUCAUGCCAGAAGACAAUUGAUCUUACAUGGACAUGUGAUUGAUGCAUUCACUUCUACCACUAUGAACACAAGAGUUCGUCGUUGGCUAGGUUUACGGGCAAGACAUCGUAAUUGAUCAUCAUCUGCUUCCCUUUACAGCUUUUUAUACAAUGAAUGCCAUAUGCUAUCAUCCU